CCUCAGUUCGCCUGGUAACAGGGAACGCGUCGCUAGGAAGUGAAUACUGCGAGUUCGCGGCCAAUAAUUUGUUUUUUGAGGCAAUCUACGGCGAAAGUUUACGAAUUUCCGGAACGGGAGUACAGUUUAUCUGUGAGAAUAAGGGAGUAAAAGUCGUCAAAUUUUUCACAAUUAUGCGUCGUCGCGUGCUAGCUAGCUCAUUCACCUCUCGUGGCAUGAGAGAUAAAACAAGAUUAAGUUAGCAAGCUAGCUAGCAGCCCGCAGCUAGCUAGCUAGCCUAGUAGUCACAGCCAAUUACGCACCCCAGCUGGGCAGGUAAGCAAAGAUCGAUCUGGCUUGCCACCACCUGUUUUAGCUCGACAACAAGUCACUGUAAAAAAUAAUUUGAUCUGUUUACCAUUGAAGUACCGUUAACCUGGAAUGUGUGUCCGAAUAGCGCUGCUACAGCUAUGGAAGUUGUGUCGUCGUCGGGUUUGGUUAAUGCGAUGUGGCAGUAAUCAUAAUAGGAUUUAACCCUCCUUCCUGAAUAAAGCUUUCUUCUAUCUGUCGCCCGGCUUAUUUAUUUAGCUCAUGGAGUGUUUACAUUACAUCAUCACACAGUUGAAUAGGUAGACUACUGUAAUGGUGUCAAGUGACUGAGAGUGGGUCCAUGUUGCAAUAAUCUGUGUAUUGUGUUGAUAUUUCAGCAGAAGGUGGUUGACAGUUGAAGAAUAACAGUACCCUAAUCUGCUCAUAUGGGUUGGGGACCUGGGUGGUAGCCCUGCCUGCUUCCACAGCCAGGUUGUUCUGACACAAACAUGGGGAAACUUCAGAGCAAGUUCCGACGGUCGCGCUCUGAACUGUACAAGUAAGACAGCCAGCUACAUCAACAAAGGCUGAGUGACUCCAUAUCUAAAACCUGCUUAAGACAGACUCCAGAUAUAGCCCUUACCACAGUUGUUUUAUGGAUCAGAUAUUCUGUGCAGUGCUUGGUUCGGAUUGUAACAAUCCCAUAACAUACCUCAAAUAGGCCUAAUAGAUAAUUGAAGGCUAUUCUUGGGGUGUAAUUUUACUGUGCCUCUGCAGGGCGACCAAAGGCGAUGGCGAGGAUGCUGCUGUCAGUCAGGUGGUACAGUAUGAACCCGCCCACCGGGAUGCCGUCAACUGUGUCACCAACCUGACCUCUGACCUCUGUGUGUCUGGAGGAGGUGACAUGGUGAGUAAAUUGACUAGGUUUAAUGCAGGUGUUUUACAUGAGUGACAAUAUAGUACAGGAAACUGGCUGCUAAUCUGUCUGGUGUCUUUCCCCCUCCCAGGCAGUGGUUGUGUAUGACUGGAGAGGAGGGAAGUUAUGUCAGUCAUUCCAAGGUCACAACAGAGAGGUUACCAAGGUAAACACUCUGAGGUAGUUGGAAUUAGUCUUUAGAAUAGAUAUUGUGUUGCUGGGAGUAACAGAGUAGAAAAAUACUCAUAUUUCCCGCACACACGAUUUUACCUCUGCACAUUUAUUGUUGUUGACAUUUCGGUACGAUACCUUUUUUGUGUGUGUUUGUAGAUAUUCUGUAUCUAAUUAUCGAGUCUCCUCUCUUUCUCCCAGGUGGAGUGUUUUCCUGGCAGCACCUGGAUCUUCAGUGCGUCUCGGGACAAGAGUGUUAUGAUGUGGGACCUCAACCAGGGGGACGAGCCCAUCCAGGAGUUCUGUGGCCAUGAGCUGGUGGUCAACGGGCUGGCCGUCAGUCCAGGUAGAAACAGGGUGAAGUUUCCCCUAGUUGCAGAUCUAGGAUUAGAUUCCCCUCCCCCAAUCUUAACUAUUAGUGGGGAAAAUCUGCGUGUAGGGGGGGCAACUUCACCCUACACCCCUCAAACACCUGCAUUAACACUUCACCUUAUAAAACACCAUAAUGAAUACCUGUGUGUGUAAACCAUACUUGUCUUUUCGGUAGAUGGGUCGAGGCUGUGCACUGGUUCCCGUGACAACUCUAUGUGCCUCUGGGACAUUGAGUCUGGCGAGCGUGUCCAUAAGAACACAGUCUCCAGAAACCUGGUGAGUGACUCUUCUAUGCCUUGAUUUGAGGGUACUAAAAAGGGUUUGUAAAGGUAGGAUGAUAUCUCAUACACUGUCCGAAUUCUCAUACUUCAUAGUGUUUACGAUAAGUAUUUACUAGGCACUAACAGUACUGCAUACUAUUUUGAACACGAUUUAGUAAUAAGGUCACAAAGUGUGAUGAUGCAUUUUGCAUAAUAUGAUGCAUUUUGCACCAUCACACUUUUUUGCUUUGUACUGAAAGUGCUCUAUUUUCAAAAUGUUACUGCUGACAUGCAACAUUUUUGGGAUCAUAUCAACAGGGGACUAAUAAACAAAAUACUCAAAAUAUAUAUUUAAGUAAAAAUAUCCCUUUAAGGAAUUCACACUACAUGAAAAGGGAAAAUGAGUAUGACGUCCUGGCAUUUAAAGCAGACAAAAAUGUAGAUAUCUUGCACACUACUAAACGUUAUAUUAUUACAUACACAAAAAAAGUAUUGUAAACAGUAUGCCGUGUGAUCAUCCAUAUAGAGCUGGACUCUUUUUUUCAGGUUACUCAUGUGUGCUGGGUACCUGAGAGCAGCUCAAUCGUUCAGACGUCCGAGGAUAAAACCAUCAGGUAAGUUGUUUAUAGCCUGGUCCCAGAUCUGUUGGUCUACUUCAAUGUCAAGCCAAACAUGUUUUGCAUACCAAGAGAGCCGUAACAGACUGGCACCCAGGCAAUAGGUAUUAUGCUGUUGGUAGUCCUUCCUCAGGGUGUGAUCACUAACAGUGUUACUGUGUGUAAUGCAGUCAGAGGAGGCUGGUGGGAGGAGCUAUGUGGACAGGCUCAUUGUAUCGGCUGGAACGGAACUAUUGUUCCGUAUGUUUAAUGUGUUUGAUACCAUUCCAUUGAAUCCAUUCCAGCCACUACAAUGAGCCCGUCCUCCUAUAGCUCCAGGUUGAUACAUGUAUUUGAAUGUGCAGGGUGUGGGACAGUCGUACCUGGCAGGUCACGAACACGUUCCCAGCCAAGCAAUACAUACAGACACACUGUGACAUCAGCGCCAACGGUAACCAUCUCCUGUCCAGCAGCAAUGGCUUUGGAGGCCAAGGCUGUGAGGCUACGGUGAGAACCUUUCAACCCUGUCUGGGUUUCCAAUUCUCUACCCUGCUCCAGAACUGUGCACUUGGUCACUCACCCUUAUGUGCAAUGAAAGGCAUUGGUUUGGUGCUGGAGGGAGUUUCACACCUGUCCAUCCCUUUUUAAGUCCAUGAGGGGGGGAGUGUACGAGUGCACACUCCUGUAGAAGGGUAGAGUUGAAAUGAAGCCCAUUACUACGGCGUAUCGUUAGUGUGUGAAUCCCACACCCACAUCACUCAUGUGUUUUGUGUGUGUAGCUUUGGGACCUCAGGCAGCCUGGCUGUAAGGUGGUGGAGUACCGGGGCCACCGGGAGACCACUGCUUGCUGUGUGUUCCUGCCCUCCAGCCCCGGGGGCCCUGCGCUCGUAGCGUCCUCCUCUCAUGACUGUUCAGUCAAAAUCUGGGAUCAAAACACUGCAGGUAACACUCUACCCUGCACUACCCUGUACCUCCCUACGCUACCCUGCACUUCCCUACACUACACUACUCUGCCCUACCCUGCGCUACCCUACACUACCCUGCUCUACCCUGCCCUACCCUGAUCUAUGCUACCCUACCCUACCACAGUGAGCUAAACGGCCUCUCUCUUCUCAUUAUGUUUAUUCUUCUUGGUUCUUUCCUAUUUUCCUGUCUGUCUCUCUGUCUGUCUCUCUGAAGCGUGUCUGACCACUCUGGCCCUGGAUGGAUCAGGUCCUUUGGUGUCUUUGGCCCCGAGUGACUCCAGCAGUCUGCUGUGUGCCAGCUUCAACACAGGACUCCACGUGCUCCACCAUCGCACGGAUGGGCUGGACCUAAAGGAGGUGGCACGCUUUUGAUGAGGGCACAGGACCGUUGCCGGCAUGGUAACCCCAAGCCCUAGAUCCCCUACACUGUGGGCUACACAGACCUCCAGGCCAGUGGGACCCUUUAAGCCAGAAGGACCUGAUCAGGAGACACCAUCCCUGGGUCAGCCGACGGGAGAAGACCCCUGCGAGUCAUUCUGAUCAGGGAGAGCUCUGGACAUUGCACUCAGAGCAUCAGGCGAGGGCUAAUUGCUUUGGGAUGUCUUGGUACAACAGAAAUGUUUUGGAUGUUUGGAGGCUGAGCGGAUCGUGAUAGCUUUAGCAAAUACAAUUAGCCAAAUUACUAACUGUAAGUAGACAAUUGUGGAAUCGUUAAUCAGAUAGUUUUGAGGAAAAACUGUAACCACAGGCCACUAUAAUUAAUAAAUAAAUAAAUAAAUCAUGAACCGUCUAGUGCAGGGGUGUAUUCACUAGGAACCA